AUGGACGAUCAAGCCCGGAUCAUGCAGUCGAUCGGCGGUGUCAGUCUGGGCGGCCACUCGGUACAAGGAGGCAUGGCAUUGCCGCCUCCACAUGGACACGAUGGGACAGACGGAGACGGAAGAAAACAAGACAUUGGUGACAUUCUCCAUCAAAUAAUGACCAUAACUGAUCAAAGUCUGGACGAGGCGCAAGCAAAGAAACAUGGACUGAACUGUCACCGAAUGAAACCAGCACUCUUCAGCGUUCUCUGUGAAAUCAAAGAAAAGACAGGUCUCAGCAUCCGUGGUGCCCAGGAGGAGGACCCCCCAGACCCCCAGCUCAUGCGUUUGGACAACAUGCUGCUGGCAGAGGGUGUGGCAGGACCGGAGAAAGGCGGCGGAUCGGCUGCCGCCGCAGCUGCAGCCGCGGCCUCCGGAGGGGCGGCGGCAGACAACUCCAUUGAACAUUCCGACUACAGAGCCAAACUCACCCAGAUCAGACAGAUCUACCACACGGAGCUGGAGAAAUACGAACAGGCAUGCAACGAAUUCACUACCCAUGUGAUGAACCUGCUGAGGGAACAGUCGCGCACGCGGCCCAUCUCUCCCAAAGAGAUUGAGCGCAUGGUGGGAAUCAUCCACCGUAAAUUCAGCUCCAUCCAGAUGCAACUGAAACAGAGCACCUGUGAGGCUGUCAUGAUCCUGCGCUCCAGAUUCCUUGAUGCAAGGCGGAAAAGGAGAAACUUCAGCAAGCAGGCAACGGAAAUUUUGAACGAAUACUUCUACUCGCACCUUAGCAACCCGUAUCCGAGCGAGGAGGCUAAAGAGGAGCUGGCGAAGAAGUGCAGCAUCACAGUUUCCCAGGGGGUGGGAAGCACCAUCACAGUAUCACAGGUAUCCAACUGGUUUGGCAACAAAAGGAUCCGGUACAAGAAAAAUAUCGGCAAGUUUCAGGAAGAAGCCAACCUGUAUGCCGCCAAGACUGCUGUAAAUGCAGCACACGCUGCAGCCGCUGCAGUGCAGAACAGCCAGGCCAACUCCCCUACCACACCUAACUCCGGUUCUUCAGGUUCUUUUAACCUCCCAAACUCUGGGGACAUGUUCUUGAGCAUGCAGAGUCUGAAUGGGGAUUCUUACCAAGGGGCACAAGUCGGAGCCAAUGUACAGUCACAGGUGGAUACCCUGCGCCAUGUUAUCAGUCAGACGGCAGGAUACAAUGAUGCUCUCGGGGGGAACACAAUGUAUAGUCCACAUGGGUUAACUGCUAAUGGGGGUUGGCAAAAUGCAACGACUCCGUCUUCUGUAAUAUCUCCGACAGAAGGACCCGGAAGUGUGCACUCCGAUACCUCGAAUUGAUCCGCUAUUAAUGCAUCUUGCCUCAAGCUGGGCAUGGACUCUUUUCACUGACUGCAGAGGAUA